AUGGCGGAGGAAGAGGGCAGUGUGGAGGAGGGGGACAUAUUCCUAGCAUUCGCCCAUGGUCCCACUCCUCCUCGGGGUCCCCUGCGUCGCGCCUUGGACAAGAUCUUCCUCACUUUCUUGGUCCUCUUCCUGACCCUGCUGAUGCUGGAGGCUGCUUACAAACUGCUGUGGCCCCUGCCUUGGACCAAGUUUCGGGACUGGCUCCUCAGGACCCCUGAGGAGGAGUCAGCUCUGGAACUGUGA